UCUGCGUUUGGUCUUCGAGAAAAUGAUGGAACAAAAUUUUCCCAUCUGUUUUCCCGAGAAAACCCUAACCAUCAGAAUGAGCUGUCACAGUUACCGUCCUGCACUCCAAUGCUCUAUUCCAGAUCAGAUGCACUCGAAUUCCGUGAUCUGACCGGCGAUUUCUAGACGGUCACCUAUAAGAUUCAGUUUUCAUCAAUCCGUUGUAGCAGAAUUUGAACUCAGAACAUGGUUGGACAAGCUUCUUUUGCAGCUUUGUGAAAAAUCUUUUAACAUAAUGGCAAUUGGCAGAACUUGAACUCCAGAACACGUCGGAGGAAAAAUGGAACAUUAUGAUCUGCAAAGACAAAGAAGGGAUAUGAAACACAAAGGAAGAAAUGUUGUGUGGUCAAUUGCGAUGGAUAAGUGUCUGAUUGAAGCCCUGGCAAUUCAGGCAAAAAGUGGAAACAAAAUUGACAAAUGUUUCAAUGAAAAUGCCUAUACUGCUGCCUGUGUAGCUGUAAACUCUCGUUUCAACUUGAACUUGAAUAAUCAGAAAGUCAUUAACCGUCUGAAAACAAUUAAGAAGAGGUAUAAAGUAAUAAAAGAUAUGCUAACUCAGGAUGGUUUCUGGUGGAAUCCAAAUACAAAGAUGAUAGAGAGUGAGAGUGAUGAGCUCUGGAAGAAAUACAUUGCUGCACAUCCUGAUGCAAGAGGACUCCGCGGAAAGCAGAUAGAGAUGUAUGAUGAACUUAAAAUUGUUUGCGGAAAUUAUCAAGCGCCUAAUCGUUGGGCUAAGAUGAAGAAUGGAAACCAUGUAAUGGACAUGAAGAAUUGUGAGGAUGAAUCAGCCUCCUUUGUCUCUCCCAGUUCAGAAGGCAUGAGUGAGACAGAUGGAACUGAAUCAUACAACGGGCCUCCAGAAUAUGGCCAAAUACCAAAUGGUUUUCAAGAGCCUCCUGUGGUACAGCCUCUGAAACAACUUCCGAAACGGCCUCGCGGCUCAGAUGCUCUUCAGGAUGCAUUGAUGAUGGUAGCAUCGAGCGUAAGACGUUUGGCUGAUGCAAUGGAGCAUAGCAAAUGUUCAGUUGAUGCGACUGAGCUAUUACAGGCCGUGAUGGAGAUAGAUGGAUUGGAAGAGGGUAAACAGAUGUAUGCAUUUGAAUAUUUAAAUGCCGAUCCUGUCAAAGCCAGAGCCUUCUUGACCUACAAUGCUAGAAUGAGAAAGAUAUACCUGUUUAAACUGUUCUGGUGGUGGAGGUGAGGGUGACCAGUGUAUUGAAAGUUCUUGGUGUAUAGAUUAUCAGGGGACUCUGUUUUAGGGUUAUUUACCAUGACAAUGUAUCCUCUCAUCUCUCAUGUGUUACGUUCAAAGACAAAUUAACUUUUAUAGAAAGUGUAUUGCGAUUGAAGAUGAGAAAAUUAUAACCGUUGAAUUAUUUAUGGACGGUUGAAUCUUAUCAAAUGAUCUCAUGUGGAUCCAUUCACUUUCUAAUGUUUGAGCAAUAAA